CAUGCAUAACAGCGACAAUAUACACUGCACCUUGCUACAUUAGCCACCAAGGAGCUUCUUAGCGUUAGCUAGCUAAUAAAACGAUAAUUUUUGAGAUUUGGGAAAUGACAGUUAGUGCAGACAACUGACGAAAGCCUCCCCUGUUCAAAGUCCACAACGUUUGGAUUAUUUGUUUUCAGUCCAUCUUUGAAUUAAACCGAGGUUUUUGGUGAAGACAUACCUCCUUUUUCGGGGUCCAAAGCAGUGACAGCAACAACUCAAGAAGAUCCAGAAAAUGUUAAAGAAAUGCUAGCAGCCCAGGAUUUGCACACAGAGUUUCAGUUUCCUCCAGAGGCAGAAUCCCAGUUGUCUUCAGAUACUGACCUUGAGGAUCCUGAUGGCAAACAUGCAAAGACAGGAAAGGGGAUGGCAGCCAAGAGAGGGAAGAAGGCACUGGGAGAAAAGGCCAAAGGCGCGGGAGCAGGGAGAGGUACUGGUCUCGGCUGGGUGAAUGGCCAUCGGGAGGAGAACGGGACGCAAAACAUGACCCUCUUUGAGGUGGUUAAAAUGGGGAAGAGUGCCACACAGUCUGUUGUCGAUGACUGGAUCGAGGCAUACAAGCAUGACAGGGACGUUGCUCUCUUGGACUUAAUCAACUUCUUCAUUCAGUGCUCUGGCUGUAAAGGAGCCGUGAGUGGAGAGAUGUUCAGAAAUAUGCAGAACUCCGAAAUCAUCCGAAAAAUGACAGAGGAGUUUGAUGAGGACAGCGGUGACUAUCCGUUAACUCUCUCGGGACCACAGUGGAAGAAAUUCAGGAUAAGCUUCUGUGACUUCAUUGGGGUUCUGGUGCGACAGUGCCAGUACAGCAUCAUUUAUGAUGAGUACAUGAUGGACACGGUCAUCUCACUGCUCACCGGCCUGUCUGACUCACAGGUCAGGGCGUUUAGACAUACAAGCACACUAGCAGCCAUGAAGUUGAUGACAGCCUUGGUGAACGUCGCUCUGAACCUGAGCAUCAAUAUGGACAACACACAGAGGCAGUACGAGGCGGAGAGGAACAAGGUCAUUGCAAAAAGGGCCAAUGAUAGGCUGGAGCUCCUGUUACAGAAGCGCAAAGAGCUUCAAGAAAAUCAAGAUGAAAUUGAAAACAUGAUGAACGCCAUUUUCAAAGGAGUGUUUGUUCACAGAUAUCGUGAUGCCAUUGCUGAGAUCCGCGCUAUUUGUAUCGAGGAGAUCGGCAUGUGGAUGAAGCUGUACAGCGACGCCUUCCUCAACGACAGCUACUUGAAGUACGUAGGCUGGACAAUGCACGACAAGCAAGGGGAGGUGCGGCUAAAGUGUCUGACUGCCUUGCAAGGCCUGUACUACAACAGGGAGCUCAAUGCUCGUCUGGAGCUCUUUACUAGUCGCUUCAAGGAUCGCAUUGUUUCGAUGACUCUGGAUAAAGAAUAUGACGUUGCAGUGCAAGCUAUAAAACUUCUGACCCUCGUCCUACAGAGUAGUGAUGAGGUUCUGACGGCAGAGGACUGUGAGAGCGUCUAUCAUCUGGUUUACUCAGCACACCGACCCAUCGCUGUCUCAGCAGGAGAAUUCCUCUUUAAGAAGCUCUUCAGCCAUCGAGGUCCUGAGGAUGAGGGAUUACCCAGGAGGGGCAGACAGAGCCUCAAUGGCAGCCUUAUCAAGACUACCGUCUUCUUCUUCUUGGAGAGCGAGCUCCAUGAACAUGGAGCCUACUUGGUGGACAGCCUGUGGGAGUGUGCGUCAGAGCUGCUGAAGGACUGGGAGACUAUGAUCAGUCUGUUGCUGGAUGAGCCCAUGCCAGGAGAGGAGGCCUUGACUGAUCGGCAAGAGACGGCUCUUGUUGAGAUCAUGCUCUGUGCCAUUCGGCAGGCUUGUGAAUGCCACCCUCCCGUAGGCAGGGGCACCGGGAAGAGGGUUUUGACUGCAAAGGAGAAGAAAACCCAGCUGGAUGAUCGGACGCGGAUCACAGAGAUGUUUGCAGUUGCGUUACCUCUAUUACUGGCAAAGUACUGUGUUGACAUUGAUAAGGUCACCAAUUUGCUACAAAUACCAAAGUACUUUGAUCUUGACAUCUACACAACUGGCCGGUUAGAAAAGCAUUUGGAUGCCUUGUUGCGACAAGUCUGGGAAGUUGUGGAUAAACACACAGACACUGAGGUGCUGGAGGCCUGCUCCACCACCUACCACUACCUCUGCAACGAGGAGUUCACCAUCUUCAACCGCGUGGACAUCGCCCGCUCCCAGCUGCUUGACGAGCUUGUAGACAAGUUCAACAGACUCCUGGAGGACUUCCUGCAGGAGGGUGAAGAACCCGAUGAGGAUGAUGCCUACCAGGUUCUAUCUACGCUGAAGAAGAUCAGCGCUUUCCACAACGCACAUGACCUCUCUAAGUGGGAUCUCUUCACCAGCAACUACAGGCUACUCAACACUGGUCUACAGAACGGGGACAUGCCUGAACAGAUUGUGGUCCAUGCAAUGCAGUGCACACAUUACAUCAUUCUGUGGCAUCUAGCGAAGGUCUCAGAUGGCAGUUCAAUAAAGGGUGACAUGGUGACCCUGAGAAAGCAAAUGAGAGCUUUCUGCUUAAUGUGUCAGCGUUACAUAAACAGCAUCAACACCGCCGUCAAGGAGCAGGCCUUCACCAUAUUGUGUGAUCUGCUACUGAUCUUCAGUCACCAGAUAAUGUCUUCAGGACGGGAGCAGCUGGAGUCUCUGGUCUAUACGCCAGAUUCUUCUUUGCAGGCUGAGCUGCUGAACUUCAUCUUGGAUCAUGUUUUCAUUGAUCAGGACGAUGACAACAACAGUACAGAUGGGCAGCAAGACGAUGAAGCCAGUAAAAUCGAGGCUCUGCACAAGCGAAGAAACCUUCUCGCUGCCUACUGCAAGUUAAUCAUUUAUAAUGUGGUGGAAAUGAACACUGGAGCAGACAUAUUUAAACAGUACAUGAGGUAUUACAACGAUUAUGGAGAUAUCAUCAAGGAAACAAUGAGUAAAACCAGACAAAUCGACAAAAUACAAUGUGCAAAGACACUCAUAUUGAGUUUGCAGAAGUUAUUCAAUGAGAUGUUGAAUGAGCUCGGCUUUAAUUUUGACCGCUCGUCUUCAUCGUUCUGUGGCAUCAAAGAGCUCGCCCGACGCUUCUCACUUACAUUUGGCCUGGAUCAGAUGAAGACCAGAGAGGCUAUUGCCAUGUUACAUAAGGACGGGAUUGAGUUCGCUUUUAAGGAGCCUAGUCCCCAAGGAGAAGGGAGUCCACCGCUUAAUUUAGCAUUUUUGGACAUCCUGAGCGAGUUCUCUAGCAAACUCAUGCGACAGGACAAGAGGACAGUUCACAUGUACUUGGAGCGAUUCAUGACAUUUCAGAUGGCCCUUCAGAGAGAGGACUGCUGGCUGCCCCUCAUUUCAUACAGGAAUUCCCUGCAGGCUGGAGGGGACGAUGACACCAUGUCUGUCAUCAGCGGGAUCAGCAGCCGAGGGUCCACUGUCAGGAGCAAGAAGUCCAAGCUGACCGCUGUUGGCAAAAGAAAAUUGCCUGAAGCAGAAGAGAACAGCUGCAGCAGCAGUGAUGCAGUGUGGAUGAACCGUGAGCAGAAUGUUCAGACGCCAGUAAUGAUGCAUUCGCCCCACCUCUCCUCCACUGUACUGCGGGAUCCAAAGAAGAUGAGGCCAGAGGACGGCUACGCCACCACGUUCACCAUGCCGGCAGAGCAGCAUCCCCAUCAGCCCGUACCCCCCCAGCAACAACCACACCAUCAACACCAGGCCACCAUGGAUUACAACACCCAGGUUACAUGGAUGCUGACACAGAGGCAACAAGUGGAGGCCCGUCAGCAGCAGGAGCGGGUCAGCAUGCACUAUUCCAAGAUGAGGAACCACAUGCAGCAAGCAAUUCGUCGAGGCUCUGGACUCAUGGAGGACGACGAGGAGCCGAUCGUGGAGGAUGUGAUGAUGUCAUCAGAGGACCGCUUGGAAGACAUCAACGAGGGCAUGGACUUCGACACGAUGGACAUCGAUUUGCCGGCUUCAAAGAACCGCAGAGAAAGAACUGAACUAAAGCCGGACUACUUUGAUCCAUCUUCAAUUAUGGAUGAUUCGGUUCUCAAUGUGUCAAUGUUCUAAUAUGAACUGGAUACAGGACAAUGUAUCACCAAAAUCCCUGGAAGAUGUUCUCUGUUAAAAUCAGACUGGAGUGAAAUGGACUACUACAAAUGACUUGUGAGACACCAAUGUUUGCCUCUUUAGCACUUCGGUAAAACUUAGGGGAAGCGCUUGAGUUUGAAUUUGAAUUUUAUUCUCAUAUUUUCACGCACUGGACUGUUGUCAUGCUGCAGGAGACGUGUUUCUGUUUUUGUUCAGUUGCACUAAAAACAACUUUCUGUCAGCCUUCACUAAGCUACUCCUGUUGUGGUCAGCGUGUGAAGCUGUUUGGGUUAAGAAAAAAAAAAAGUUCCAGUAAAGACAUUGCAUUUGCAUGGUGAAGGGAUGGGACAAUAAAAGGCCGAAAUUCAAAUUAUAUUAAUUAAUAUAUACCUUUAAACUUUUUCAUUCAGUAGACAUAAAAUGUCUGAUGUAAAUAAAUAGUGGCCAAUAUACAGGAAAGGUGAACACACUGUCAUGAACAUCUGAAGAUAGCAUUAUGAUUACAAAAUAAUUCUGCCUAUAUGAUGCUUGUAGUGUUCAGUUGCCGUCGAACACUAUAAUGACACUGCACUUUGUCACAGAGGUGUUAAUUCAACUCAAUGGUAAUUUUACAGCCAUAUUUAAUGAAAUUAUCAAAGGCGCAAAUCAACACCUCUCUGGCACAAUCUAAACAGGGACUGAACAUGGUAAGGCUUUAUAAAGGCUGCAUUUAUUACACAGCUACUACAUUAUAUUGUAAAGGUGUCCAUGAUAUUGUGUUCACCUGUUGUACUUUUAAACUGUAGAUUUUGGCAUGGCAUGUAGCCAUAUAUCAAAAUAUGUACACAGUAAAGUAUAAUGUGAACUGGAGUGUGAUACUGUUCAAGGGCCUCGCCACAAAUUAUAUACAGCAUUCUCAGAUUUCUUUGUGAUGGUAUUUUUUAGAAAUAUCUGUUCUGCUUUUAUACCUUAUAGAUAACUUUGAUUUAUAGAUAUUUUGUAAUGACAAUCAAAUGUAAAUGAAUGGUUUCUAAUCAUGUUAUUUCACAUAGAUUCUGAAAUAAUCCUUUUUAAUGGAAAUUGUUGUGUUACUAUAGAAAUGGCCAUCUCUUUGUAUUUUGUUUUAACCUCUAUAAUGAAUGGAUGCAAAAGUAAUGCAUCGCUCAAAUGUAGUAAAUUUGACAAAUCGAUGGCCACAACUAAAAUUAUUUUUGAAUAUUGGAAACAUUCACAGUGUCAUACAUACAAUUUUGACUCAACCUUUAACAUGUAAUCUCUCCUAUAUAUUGACUAUCUUUUCCCACUGUAUAAUAUCUAAUAAUAUCCUAUAACACAGCUAUGUUUGAAAUCUAACAAAAGAAAGGAUUUGAAAAUACAUAAGAAAGAUGUGUAUUGUUUGUUCUAUUUUUUUUUUCCAGUUUUUACAAAGCCUGUUUAAUUGGUUUAGCACUGUUGCGUGUAUAAGAUUGAUAAACCUAUUCUAAAUUACAGAGGUGCAGCAUUCUUUAGUCAGCUAUGAUAGAAUCAAAAAUGUAUACUAUACAAUUACAAAUGUGUAAUGUAUUGUGAAUCGGUGCUCAUUUUAUAUUUGCAUUGUUUUGUUUUAUGUGAAAUCUUAGGGAAGAAACAGAAUGUAUCUCUUUGAUGUUAACCUAAUUUGCAAGUAUACUUAUAGUACAUUGUUUAGUUUGUUUUUCCAAUGGAUUGUUAUAAUAUUUCCUUUCCUCUGUGUAUUGGCCUGGUUGGCAGAUUUAGAUUCUAUGGAAGAUGGUCUAUUCAUAUAGUAGCUAGAAACAAAUCCCUAAUUUUCUCAGAAUGUCAUUAUGAACUAUAGAUCACGUGGUCAUAGUGGUCAUAAACAUUACCACAUACAUACAGACUAUUCAUGUUAGGCAAAUGAGAAAAAGAAUUCUUUAGCGUUGCCUGUAAAUUUUACAUCAAUCAGUCAUUUGGGAUCAUUUCUGUUUUGCAUUGAACUGCUGAAAAUGUGCAUACAUCUGUAUGUUUAUACAUAUUUAAGUAUUUGCGUAUAUUAAAUUUGUGUUUUUGUUCUACUUACAAAGUGCCCAUUGCAUCCUUUAAUAUUUGUAUUUAUGUCUGGAGAUGUAACAUGAACAGAAUAAACCCUCUACAACUGUG